AUGAUGCGUGGUAAUAUAAAGAGCCUCAGUACAUUUGUUAAUCAAGCUAAAUUCACUACGCUGAAGCCAAGGUUUCAAUUUAGAAACUAUGCUGUUAGAUCAAUAAAUGAUUCACCGUUCGAUCAUCUCCCGAUAAGGAAGAAACCAUGGUUCAAUUGGAAAACAACCACUGCGUUCUUUAUACUCGGAUCAUAUUUCGCUUAUAAUGAAACCCUCUUUAAUGUUUAUGAAAACUUUACCACCAUUGAUGAGAACAAGCAUAACAACCUAGAAUUGCUUCCACUACAAUUGGAAUAUAAAUUAAAGAACUUGCCCAUUUAUCAACAAUUAGCUCAUCCUAAAAAUGCAGACAAAUGGUAUAAACUAAUGUCAUGGGAGAAUUUAGAUAGAAAUGUGCUUGAUAAUCAAGUGAAGGGUGAUAAUGAGGAUUCCAAUUCGGCGAUUAUAAGUCAAAGUGAAUAUAAAGAGCCAACUUUAACAACACAUACAUUAGCUACUCCAGGAGGUAUCUUAAUCAAGCCAGUUAUAUUUUGUAACGUGGAAACAAAUGAAACAGUUACAAUUGUGCAUGCUGGAUAUAGAUUAUGUGGUUACCCAUUUUUAAUCCAUGGUGGUAUAAUUGCAACGUUGUUGAAUGAAACUUUCAAAAGAAAUGCAUCGCUUUCCCUGUUGACAAGUUCGAAUCUUAAAGAUGAUUUCAAGGUUGAAAAUUUAACCAUAAAUUAUCGAAAUCCUACUUUCGCCAAUCAAUUCAUAGUGGUCAAGACUAAAAAGAAAGAGAACGUGGAAGGUGAUGAUAAUAAGACUAUUACCUUGGAAAGUGUUAUACAGACAACAAAAGGGAAAGUUUUGGUAAAGAGUCUGGCCGUCUUACAUGAUACUGGUAGAGCCACUAAUCAAAUUAAGCAAGAGGCAAAGCUUAAAAAUUGGUUUUAA